GUUCUUCACAGACUGUCACUUUCACCUUGCUUUCUCGCUCAACCGUCGCACAUAAAGACAAAGACAACAUUCGCCAAUUGUAGCUUCUGCUUUCUGUACUCUCUUUGAAAGCAAACAUGUUUUUUCACAUAGUAUUGGAGAGAAACAUGUAGCUGCAUCCUCGUCACUUUGGCCGUGACCUUCGGGAAAAGCUCGUCUCAAAACUCAUGAAAGAUGUCGAAGGAACUUGCAGCGGUCGGCACGGUUUCAUUGUGGCCAUUACUGGGAUUGAAAGCGUCGGUAAAGGUCUAAUUCGUGAUGGAACUGGUUUUGUUACUUUUCCGGUGAAGUAUCAAUGUGUUGUAUUUCGACCUUUCAAAGGUGAGAUUUUGGAAGCUGUUGUAACCAUGGCUAACAAGAUGGGAUUUUUUGCUGAAGCAGGGCCUGUGCAGAUUUUCGUUUCAAACCAUUUGAUACCAGAUGACAUGGAGUUCCGGUCAGGAGAUGUACCAAAUUAUACAACUUCCGAUGGCUCCGUCAAAAUUCAGAAGGAGAGUGAAGUUAGAUUGAAGAUCAUUGGAACUCGUGUUGAUGCCACAGAAAUUUUCUGCAUCGGUACAAUAAAGGAUGAUUUCCUUGGUGUGAUCAGUGAUCCUGGCGCAAAUGCUUGAUAUGCAGCCCUUUUGUUUUACCUUCAUUUGUGUUUGCAACUCUAUGUGAAGUGAUGCAAGUUGUUGGUUAGAGUGGGAAGAAGUACUAUGUAUUCCAAGUGCUUUGGUUGAAGACUGCAAGAUCUUGUUACAGAGUAGCAAAGCCGUGUAACAUUUUCUUCAGCUGUGCUUAUUAUUUGGCGAAUCUACUUAAUCAUAUGCACUAAUUUUCUUUGUCGAUCUGCAGUAUUUAAUAAUUUGAUAUUCAAAUGGCUGAGGCAAUAUGUUUUGCUGGCUGAGAUUGGAUUGUCUCACCUUUUAUAAUAACCUUGUGUGGGCACUUUCAAAUCAUUUUGCACAAGUAUCUGCUUGAGACCAGCAUUUCUGUAGAUUAGUAGUAGAUAUUUUCUCUCGGGAACAAAUGUACAACUUGUUAGUAUAGGUCCGUGCUGUUGUUUUAUUUCAUUUGACAACUUGACAAGCAAAAGUUUGUGGCAAGGGAUUAAUGAGAAAAGUU